AGUCAUCUCCGAAUUUCAGCUGAUCGUCAGUCAUCGCUGAGCAGUGGCGAAAGCAACAGCUCAAUCCGAAGCACUCGGCAAGAUGAUCACCCGUAGGUCUUUGCUGUUUUUGUUUGUGUAUGUUGCGGUCGGUGUUCGGUGCGGUAAUGUAAUCGACAGUAGUGAUAACACUAUCGACGAGAGCGUUGCCGUUGAGGUGGAAAUAGCCAAAUAUGAGGCGGAUUUUUUGCAGGAGUUCGACCACUAUCAGUCCACGGGUCGAAAAACGUCCAACUUCGAUCGUCUGUUGGACAUGAUCAAAUCACCCGACAUCAAGGUCACUCUCGAUCGGAUGCCACACACUAAGAACCCCAAAAUCUGUUUGACUUGUCUAUCGUCAAGCUAUACCUUCAUGGAGAUCUACAAACGGACUGAAAAGAAAGAGAAGGCCCUGCUGGUCAAACUAGCUCAGGACAUUUGCCAUUUGUACAGUUUGAAACCUUAUGUUUGUGACGGGUUAAUUGCACUGAAUGCCGAUAUGAUGAUGUUUAUCUUGGGGCACCUUGAUGAGUUACCUUCGGCUGAGCGAGUAUGCGCCGUAGCUUAUCAAGGCGAAGACUGCGUGCUGGAUAGACCUUACAUCCUUUCCGAUCGAUAUCCAAAAGUGAAUAUCAGUUCGUCUCAAAACGUUUUGAAGACAUCCAAGAGAGCAUCGAUCCCAUCCAACAAAGAACCCCUAACGAUCAUUCACCUCACAGACAUUCACUACGAUCCAGAGUACGUAGUGGGUAUCAACGCAGACUGCGCCGCGGGAGCUUGCUGUCGACACGUUCCUGAUCUGGAACCAGCCGAUUCAGCCAACGCAGCCGGUUUUUGGGGUGACUACCGAGACUGCGACAGUCCAUGGCACGCCGUGGUAGACGCCAUGGAACAGAUACGUACGCAGCACCCGAAAAUCGACGCCGUCUACUUCACGGGAGACAUCAUUCACCACUUCACGUGGAACACUACAGUCGCGUCCAACGAGGAAUCCAUGCGGCAGAUUUUCCAACUCCUGAAAGAACGCUUCGUGGACAUUCCGCUGUACCCCAUCCUGGGUAACCACGAGUCGGACCCUGCCAAUCUGUACGCGCCGCAUCAUGUCCCGGCCAAACUCACGUCCGCAUAUCUGUACGACUUUAUCGCCGAACAGUGGGACGAUUGGCUUCCGAAAGAAGUGAACCGGUCAACGAUAGCCGACGGUGGCUACUACACGGUUCUGAGCCCCCUAGGGCAUCGAAUCAUCGCUCUGAACAACAACUUCUGCUACGUCCACAACUGGUGGCUGCUCUACAGCGACAUCUACUUCAUUCGUCAGCUUCAGUGGCUUCACGAUACCCUACAAGAGUCGGAAAAAUUGGGUGAAAAGGUUCACAUUCUAGGGCAUGUGCCGUCGUACGACAACUACUGCUAUAUUGGCUGGACUAGAGAGUAUCGUAAGAUCGUGGAUCGGUUUGCUCACGUAAUCGAGGGGCAGUUCAACGGGCAUUCGCACGUGGACGAGUUCAACGUGUACUACCGGAGAGAUGAUCCAACGGCAGCGGUGAAUGUGGCGUGGAAUGGGGGUUCAACGACGACUUUUACACAGCUGAAUCCCAACUACAAGGUGUUCUACGUGGACCGGGAAAGUUUCGAAAUCCUCGACCACGAAACCUGGAUCUACAAUCUCACCGAAGCGAAUCAACAUCCGGACCGUAAACCACUCUGGUUCAAGGAAUACACCUUCAAAGAACACUUCGGUCUAACCGACCUGAGCCCGAAAUCGCUGGACGCCUUGCUGCAGAAACUGGCCCAUUCCGAAGCGGACCUGCGCCAGUACUGGAACGUCAAGCAGAAGAACUCCGACCCGAUGCUUUCCCGGGGCUGUGAUAAAACCUGUCUACGGGAUGCUCUCUGUGCCAUAGCUCGAACCGAAUACUCGGAUGAUGCCGCCUGUGAGCGGCUGUUGGCCCAACCCACUGAUGCAUAAAGACCGAUGACGUCAAAGUUGUACACUAAAAUUUAUAUUUUCAUUGUUGCUCUCUUUCUUUACAUGUUUAAGAUUCUACUCUUGGAUUGAAUUUAGCUUCUUAUUCUAGCUUUGGUAUGAGUGGCUCUAUAUUGUGCAUCAAAUAAAUAUCGGCUCUUGUUUUCUUUUGUUU